CAGAGACCUGAAGGCACCUCCAGCGUCUCCACGGCAACUGCCUCCACCCCCCCUGAGGCUCCGGGUCUGGGUUCUGUCGGUUCUGCACAGACAACAUGAACCUGUGGCGUCCUGUGGACUAGGACCAGAUCGUUCGCUACCUUCAGUUCUUCUUCGUUGAUUCGUCAUUUCAUUUUGUAAAAAUGGCCGCCAGUCCGAGCACUGCCCAGCCAUCCGGGAGCGUGGGGGAGGAGCCUCAGCACACAGAGCAGCCAAUCAGCACGCAGCCAAAUGGAGAUGCCAUGACCUCACAACCCGCCGCCGAGCAGCAAGCCCCACCCUCGAUGACAGACGGCAAACAGGAGGGACCAGGCAUGGACCACCUGACGGUCGUCAACGACAACUUGGAGACGAGUAACGGUGUGGCCCCUGUCAUGGCCGACUUGUCUCCAACGGCAUCUCCGAAGCUCCACGCCAAGCCUCGCCCAAGCAGUCGGUCGGGCUCCAUGUCGGCCAACUCGCCCCGCCCCUCGCUGACCCGUCGGCCCAGUGCCAUGGCUGACGGCGCCGCUGAUGGAUCAAAACCCAGGGACUACCUGAUCCUGGCCAUCCUGUCCUGUUUCUGUCCGCUGUGGCCAAUCAACAUCGUAGCGCUCACCUUCUCUGUCAUGUCCAGAAACAGUCUGCAACAAGGAAACAUUGACGGCGCUCGGCGUCUGGGGCGGAACGCCAUGGUUCUGUCCGUCGUCUCCAUUUUGGGUGGAAUCGCCAUCAUCACAGCGGCCAUCGCCCUUAACUGGGGCUUGAUAUUAAAAUCCUGAUGAAAUCUCGUGGAUUGGAGAGACCGACUUGACGAUGACCUCGAACCAACAUACCCCCCCACACACACCCCCAUCCCCCACCCCAUCCUGGUUUACGAAGCACUACUGAUAAUAAGCGCCUACACUGGAUGAAAAAACCAAUGAAAAAAACCUGUUCAGUUCUUUGCUGUUGUUUCUGCUGCACGACGAGCAUGGUCCGCCUGCUGCUCUACCUCCAACACAACCAAC